AUGGUGAUCCUCGCGACUUUAGCCAAGUCCGCCUGCAGGAGCAGCAUGUUACGAGGAUCUCACCGGCAGCUCGUCAGGAUCUCAGGUGGUCCCAAGGCUGGAGCAUGGAAGCUCGUCUCGUUCCGCCGCAUGCUCGUGGGCUGCGGUAUGGGGGUAGCAGCUUCCUCCGUUAUCCUCAUCACGUCUGCCUCCUGCCAGUCGGUGAGAGAGUACGACUUCGUCAUUGUAGGAGGAGGAAUGAGCGCGGUAGGAGGACUAGUGGGCCUGCGAGAGGAGAACCCCCAGAGCUCGGUGGUGGUGGUGGGAGGAGAGAUGGGCACGUUCAAGCGUCUGCUGGAGGAGGAGGGGGCGGAGAUGGCGAGGAGGACAAGGGUGGGGACUGUUGCCAGCGCCAAGGAGAUGCAGAAUGUUGGGUUCGAGGUUGCUGAGGUGGAGGAGCUGGACGUUGAUGGGCAGAUGAUCGUAAUGAAGGAUGGGCAGAGACUGAGGUGGCGACGGGGCUGCCUGCUUGCAACAGAUCCGCAGUUCGUCGGUGAUGGCGAGGAGAAGCUCAAGUUCGUUGACGACAAGGAUGCGCACGUGGUGGUGGUGGGGGGAGGAGCCGCGGCUUGUGCUAAGAGCACGGAGCUCGUGCGGGAGGGCGUCAGAGUCGCGCAGAUCUUCGAGGAAGGAACGCCCAUGGCUCGCCUGCUCCCCCACUACGUCGGCUCCUACAUCAUAUGGCACCUCAAACGGCUCGGAGUAGACGCGCAGCCCUACUCGAAGCUGCAGUACUGCCGCGCAUUGGGGCAGGAAGACGCAAAGGGAGACAAGCAGCUGGAGGGGGUGCUGGAAAUCUACGUAAGGAGGACAUACGAUGCUCUAGAUGUCAAGAAGUACAUCACAGACUUCCUCCUCUACUUCGCGCAGAAGAUCAACUUCUCGUCAGGCUAUCUCCUGGCCAACGCUACCAACUCUCUCGAGAUGUUGCCCUCCGGCGAGCUCAUCGCCAACUGCGAGCUCUGCCUCCGCUCCUCCCUCUUCGCAGCCGGACCCAUGGUCUCCGUUCCUCAUCCUCUAUUCGGCCGCCUUGUUCUCCAGGACAAGGAGGAGGCCUGGGUCAGCGGGGUCUGUGCGGGGAGGAACAUGGCGGGGCGACGGACGGUGUACAGGCACGUCCCGGUUCACAACUCAGUGAAGCUGGGAGGAGAUUUUGAGCUGCUGUGCGUGGGGGAAGUGAACUCGAGCUUGGAGACCGUCGGGUUCUGGUCGAUGAGGAGAUGGCAAAUGCAGCAAGAACCCAGCACAAACGGCAUGCCGAGGAGGCGAUCCAGUGGAAGAGGAGGAGGAGAAGACGACUUUCUCCCGGUGAUGCCACAAAGCGGUGUGCUCUACUUCCUGAAGAAGGAGCGAGGAGAGCGGGGAGGGGGCACGGAGGAAGAGAAGCGGCUGGUGGGCGUUGCCCUGGUCAACAUGCCGGAGGGAGGAGCGGAGGUGGCGCGGGAGGCCAUCAGGCAGCGGAGGAGGGUGAGGGAGGGAGAGGACCUGCGGCAGCUGAUCGCCGUGGAGAGUUGCGAGAGCGGGCAGAAGGCGCUGAAGAGGACGACAGAGGGGAAGGCGAACGCUGCUCCUCCUCCGCGGCACAACACGGUCGGGGCCAACAACGACAAGUGGACGAGGGCCAUCUUCGGGACGCUGCCGGAUGAGCGACCCCCGGGGAAGAUGCGAUGA